AUGUCUCACGAAACUAUUAGCAACAGUAGUUUGGUCACCGAGUCCUCUUCUUCUUCCUCAACUCCUCCUCCUCCUCCUCCUCCUCCUCUUGCAUGUGGUGAUACAACAACAACGACAAAGCAGCAGCAGCAUGAACAACAACAACAACAACAAGAUAUAGAUUCAACAUCCACUACGACCAAUAUUGCAGAAACAGUAGUAGUAUUAGUAGUAGAUGAAGCGGAAAAAUCAAAUGGCACCAAAUCAGGUCAAGAAGGUGAACAGGUAACAACCCCUUCAGCAUCACCAUCUACCUCUACCUCUACCACCAUUGAUAAACCAACCUUGACAACUUCAACGACCACCACCAUGAUCGUUGAUGAACCAGAAACAAAAAUGAUUAUUGAAUCAACCUCGGCAACCUCGACAACUUCAACAUCAACAUCAACAUCGACAACCUCAACAAUGACUACUACCAUGAUUGUUGAAGAAGAGGAAGAAGAACCAACCUCUACAUCAACAACUUCAACAACAACAACAACCAAUGACAAUAGUAAUAAUAACAAUAAUAUUAGUAAUAAUAAUAACAAUAAUAAUAUUAAUAAUAAUAAUAAUAAUAAUAGUAAUAAUAUUCAAACACCAUUACAAGGAUCUUCACACAAAAGAGAUAGAGAAAUUGAAAAUGAUAAUAAUGGAUUUAGUUUUAUAUUUCAUGUUGGACCAAAAGUGAAACCAGACAAGACUCAAAAGAAACAAAAGAGAGAUAGUCUGUUAUCAUUGUCCACCACGGUUUUGGCAACUCCGACACCCGCCACCAACAAAAAGAAUCCAGCUUACAAUCUAUUGGCAUCACGACAAGCACAUCAACCUCGAACUCAAUCAUUGUCUAGUAAAAGACAAAACCAAGUGACAGACGCAAAUGUUGGUGCAAUGGCAGAUCAACUUGGUGAGAUUGGUGGAACUGACUUUUUCAUCUCUUUGUUUAGUGGAUCGACAAACUGCUCAAAAUUACUCAAAGAUUGUUUCAGAGUAUCUUCUACCAAUGUACCAACAACUCCUUUUGGAUCAAUGGAUAAUAUUAGUAUUGGUAAAUCAUACGACUCUCUUCAUCUUGAUAAUGAUUAUUAUGAUCAAGAUGGAUUCCAUUUACAAAAUGGUGGUGGUGUUGGUGGUGGUAGUGAUGAUGAGUUUGAAGAUAAACCACUCACAACAUCAACAACAUCAACAACAACCAACAAUCAUUAUGGUCUUCAAAGAUUUGAAUCAAUUAUUGCAGAAGAAGAUGAAUCCUCUAGUGAUGAAGAAAAGAGUUAUAUUAAAAGUUUAAAAGAAAGAAAGAAUUUAGAAGAAUCUGAAAAAGGUUUUAAUAGAGUAAUAAGAGAGAAAAUUGAACAAGCACAUGUAAAUAGAUUGUUUUUCGAACCAAAUAGAAAAAGGGUACCGGUUAAAGACCAACAAUUACAAGAUUUUUUGGAACAAAAUAUUUUUACACAAACUCCCAUUCCAAGGGGGUUCAACGAGGGUGAUUGUACCGACGGACCAUACGACACGCUCUUUUACACCAUCCAUCCACUGCGACUGAUGGGUGAGAGUGUGGACGGCCUGAUGAAAAAGAAUGCAGAGGAUGUGAUCAAGGACGGUGUGCCAACUCCCACCUACAAAGAGGUGCAACCAUACGUUCCCUACAACAUUAAUAUUAGCAGACGAUUUCAAACUGCCUAUAACCAAGGUUACAUUGUUUACAAUGGUACCAACAAUACAUUGGCUUCUUCAUUAUCAUCCAUGACUCCUGCCAAACAACAAUCACCACCACUACCAAAUGUAAAAGGUGGCUCAGUUAUCUCUUCUCCACCAUCUACACCUUUGACAUUAUCUUCCAGCAACAACAAUAAUGUAAACAGUGCAUUAUCACUAGUACAUCAAUCAUCGUAUCCUUGGAAACGUGUAUCAGAGAUGUUUAAUACAAUUACAUGGUUGCCCGAAGAAACAGCGAUGCUAUGUGAACUAUACUUUAUCUAUGGUUCAGAUUGGUCAGAGAUUUCAAGGAUAUUGAGUGGUUCCAAAUCACCUCUUCAAAUCUAUCAAGCCAUCACCAAACAAAAAGAUUUGAUGUCGAUGAAACCACAUACCACCUUGGCUCAAGACCUAGAAGAAAUCAAAAAGCAAUGUGUCAUUUGUUUCCUUUCAACCAGCGGUGGAAACAAAAAAUUCUAUCAUCAAAAGACUAAAAAGAAUCAGAAUACAACUCUAGUCACUUGUUUUGCAUGUGAACGUUCAUUUCAUCAAGAUUGUAUUACUGAUCAACCAAAUAGUAAUAACAACAAUUCAGAAUGGUAUUGUUCAAUUGAUUGUUCAAUGACUUGUCAAGUUAGAUGUAAUGUUUGUCAAAAAGGGGAUCAUGAAGAUUCAUUUGUAUUAUGUGACAAGUGUUCAGAUGGUUAUCAUAUUUAUUGUUUAUCACCACAACUUUCAGAGGUUCCUUAUGAUCCUUGGGAAUGUUCAAAUUGUUGUGAAAACAACAAUACCUCUAAAAGUAUAGGUAAAAUUGUGGAAUCACCUUCUCCUCUUACUGCUGCAGUAGAAGAUACUUUGUCACCAAUGAACUUGGAAGAUGUACCAAAAUUAGAAAGAGUUUCUAAAGAUGCAUCACCAAACGGUACAACAACAGAAUCAGUAGCUGCAGAGGGUAACCAUUCAUUAAUUAAUUCACCUAGAUCAAAAGAGGAAACUAACGGUCAUAAUGAUAGUAGUAGUAGUACUACGACUGCUACUGUAGUUGUAGUUGUUGAUACUUUGAAUCAAUCAAAUACAACAACACCUAUUAUGGAACCAACAACUAUGAUGGUUGUUACAUCAACUGCAACUACAACAUCAACAUGUCAAGCAAUGGCACCAAUUCCAACAACUCCAUCAUUAUCAGAGGCUAGUACACCGGCAAUGAUUAAAACACCACUUGCUUUGGGUUUGAAAAAGUCUACUGCAAAUGCACCAAUGUCUCCUGCAGCACCACCAGCAUUAUCAUUGGGUUUACAAGUAUAUCAACAUCCAAAACUCCAUUUCCAACACAUCAAGGGGUGUCAGAAUGCAUCAGACAGCUCAUCAGCAGACAACAAUACUACCGCACACAAGGACAAUGGUGGAGAGGAAUACAGUUCAUCAUUUGCAAGAGUACUUGGAAAGGAAGGAACAAGAUUGGCAAGCUCUGCCACGUCCAAGCCAUUCCAUACACUCAAAGCUAUCAGUUCAGUGUGUUUGGCGUGUCUGACGUCGGUUAGUAUCUUUGAUGAUUCAGAUUAUAGUCUUGGCAAUACAGAGAUUACCAAUUACAAGGAUAUGAUAUCAUCGGAAGACAUUGGAGAAGAUGACUAUGAGCUUGAAGCAGUUAUGGCUAAAAAGUUUGAUUUCAUUUUGGCUGCCAUCCCAAUUGCCGUUCAAAAAAUGAUCGAUGAACCACUUCUUAUGGGUUCUGAAUUACAACAACAACAACAACAUCAACAACAGGAAUCAAACAACUCUUUGUUGAGUGCAUUUGUAGCUGCUUCCUCAUCCUCUUCACCACAGACAACAAACGAGAACGAUACUAUUGUAUCAUUGGCAGGAUCAAAACGAAAGAGAAAACAAAAAUUACAAGAUUUACAAGACCUUCCAGAUGUACAAGUUAAAAUUCAAUUGGAUGAUCAAAUAACACCACCUACCAUUACCAAUACAUCACAUGAUGAACAAAUUGAUACUACUAUGGAUAAUAAUAAUAAUAGCGCAUUAAAAGAAUCACAAGAAUUUUCCACUCAAUCUGCCAUUGAUAUAUUGUCAACACAUAUGGAAACUGAAUCACCAAUACAACCAUUACAACCAUUACAACUCAACUCUUCAGGAACUCUGGAGGGAUCAAAAAUACUUUUACAAAUGGCCAAUGGCGACCAUGAACAAAAUGGGUUGGAAUCACCAUCUACACCACCACCUAUUACUACUUCUACUACUACUAUGACGCAUACAACACCACCACCAACUAUACCAACUUCACCACUCAUUCCAUCAUCCAUUUUAAAUGCAGACAAUAUUAUUCAAAAGACGACUGGAUUGGCUCAAUCUACCAUUGUUGCACCACCACCCAGUCUGCCAUUGUCGAUCACUCCGCCAAUGGUACCAGCUAUUCCUCAGCUAGUGACAGCGUCUGAAGUGCCUGUUGGCGUCGCACCCACGUACGAUUAUGGUGCUUCGGCCAUCGCAUUGCAACAACAGAUGCUCGCCAGACAGCAGUAUUCGAUGAUGGUCGAGGGAGGUGUUAUACCGCCAACCGAUCCAACCGCAACCAAUCUUUCUUAA